AAACAAACAAAAGUGGUAUAAAUCAGGAACUUACUGUGGCUUAGAUGCAGUUGCAGUAAACAUGGCUCCCAACAUUGUCUUCUUGGUGUUAAUGUUAACUAUCGGUUGGGGGGAAUCACUAAAAUGUUACGAAUGCACUACUCAUCUAGAUCCAGAUUCUGCGUGUGUGGAUCUCUCGAAAGGCAAAGACACGGUGACUUCGGCAGAAUGUCCGAAAGACCAAGUUUGUGCUGUAUUCAAGUCUAAAAAUCCAGCCACUGGAAGUGGUACUAUAACAAGAACUUGCAGCCAAAAAGAUAUCUGCGAAAAUCUACAUGCUAAGGAGACAAAUUACAAUAAAAUAGAAGACUGUCAUACUUGUGACACCGAUCUUUGUGGUUCCGGAAAUUUUAAUGGAGUUCCAACAGUAAUGCUGUGCACUUUGAUGGUUCUUGGGACACUGACAAGUCAUUUCUUAUUGUAAAGUGCACAGGUGUUGCUUUUAUGAUCAAUUAAGAAAGUUACAUGGUUUUAUUCGUUGUCGGUAGUGUUUUGUAUGUGAAUAAAAUUUAAUGCUUAAUUUAUUAUCAAUAAAUAAUUAUUAUCAAAGCUAAAAA